AUGACAUUGAGGAAGACUUUGACUGUGCACGCUCUACCUAUCAACAUUCUUGCGCUUAGCAGCGACGGCUCGCUCAUGCUAUCAGGAGCUGAUGAUGGGUGCUUGAUGGUAUGGAAUCUCAAGUCGGGCGAGAAAGUGCAGGAAAUUUCCUGUGUCUUCAAUGGAGCAGUCACCGCGAUAUGCUGGCUUGAUAUGGACAAAGGAGCUACCAUCGUGUUCGUAUUUGGCUGCUCGGAUGGCAACUUGCAGUUAUACCAAAGGAUCGAGGUCAACACGAUAUUCAAUUUUUCUUCGAUGACAAUUGCUCAUAAGGGCAUGGUCGAGGACCUCCAAUUUGAUUGCAACUUUGGUCGUGUUGCCAGUGUCAGAGGAGGAACUGCCCAGGUAUGGAAAUUAAACGCAGGCGGCAUUUUAGAGAGUCUCGUUACGGAACCUCCCCGUCAAGACGCUAUUGCGCGCUCUGUGCAUUUCUGCGAUGCAGGCGCGAGCAUUAUUGUGUGCUUCUGUGAGUCGCACAAGAUGUGA